ACUGUGGCGCGCAUAUCGUGGUUGGCCGCGGCGGCGACAUGUUUUGUUGAUAGGGACCGGCGAGCGUAGUCGCGAGGCAAAACAAAGCCAUCAGAAGAAGAAGAACACAGCGUCCAGUCUGUGACGAGUGCGUUCAUCAGCCUCCCGAAAUUUUUUUUCGAAUAUAUGUGUUCCGUUAGAUCCGAGCUUGCAACUAGAUCGAAAGGUUUUGUAGUGUUGUAAUAUAUACAGUGUGUGCGCCGGAUAAUAACAGAAGAAAAAAAGGUUAACAAAGAGUUAUGACGAUACCCCAAUCAACAAGAAGACCUGUGCCGCCGCCAUAACCCUCAACAAGAUGCCCCAAACCAACAACCCUACCACCACAUCAUGACGCAAAGCCUCUGCAACGUCCCCUACACGGGCAGCGUACUCUGGCUGUUCGUCUACACCGCCAUCGUGCUCAUGAGCGUCGUCGGCAACACCCUCACCAUCCUUGCCAUCCUCACCAGCAGGAAGCUGCAGAACCUCCUCUCCAACCGUUUCGUCCUCAGCCUCGCCGUGAGCGACCUCCUCGUCGGCUGCUCCGUCCCCUACCACAUGGUGCCCCACUACUGGCCCGAGAUCUUCCGCCAUCGGAUGCCCUGCCUCCUGCGCUUCAGCCUCAUAGCCUUCGCCUGCGCCAGCUCCAUCUACAACCUGCUGCUGGUCUCAGCAGAUCGCUACGUGGCCAUAGUGCACCCCCUGCACUACAGCAGGUGCAUGACGAGGAGGGUGUCGCUGGUGCUCAUCUCCAUGGUGUGGGCCAUAGGGCUGGGGCUGGGUUCAUGCCUGCUCUACUGGAACCAUUGGAACGAGAAUGGAGGGGUCUGCGACAUAAGCCUGGCCCCCCAGGUCUACCUGAACUACCUGCUGGCGCCGCUGUUUUUGGUGGUGUGGACUGUGAUGCUGGCGUUCUACGUCAGGAUAGUGAAGGAGGCGAAGGAUCACGCCAAGAGGUUGAAACACGCGGCCAGCGUCUCCAGCCUGCCUGGUCUGUACGAGCCGUCCAAGUCGCUCCAGAUGGUCUUCGUCAUCCUCGGCUGCUUCACCGUCACCUGGUUUCCCUACUUCCUCUGCAUCACCAUCAUCAAAACCAAGGGCAAGUUCUGCAUGCUCUUCUACGAGAUCUCCUUCUGGAUGGCGGUGGGCAACUCCGCCAUGAACCCCCUGAUCUACGCCUGGAAGAACCACGGUUUCCGACAGGCGUUCCGCUACCUGCUGACCUGCAGGCUGCCCGACUCCGCCCACGCGGACUACAUCACCAAUCACGUGCCGAGCAACAGCAAGGUCAACUCGAUACGCAUAGAGAGGGGCGGUUACUGCAACGGCAGCGUUGGUGAUUUGGUGAAAAGUGAACGCGCCGCCUCGUUGGUGAGCUGCAAGCCCGAGUCUGACAUGGACAGCGAGCACACGGUGGUGUCCGAACUAUCGGUGACGGGUCUGUAUGGCGCGGCGUUCGAGAGACUUGCCAAAGAGACCUACGUCGACAGGCUAUAGUAUGCGCGCGAACAUGUGUGUGGUACUUUAGUGACAUUGUCGACCGACUUGAUGACAGUUUGCAUCGAUGUGAUUUGUGUGUUUUUUCUUGUAAAUAAAUUGAUCUAGUUGU